GAAUCUCACACUACUACAUGUCCACUCUCUCCAUCGCUCACAAUUCUUGUUCGUCAAAUAUUAUCAAGGAAAAUGAAAAUUGAGAGGCUAGGGUUCGAUUUAGGGUUAUGUUUGGGUCGCCAUCUUCUUUCUUCAACGGAGGUUAGGUUUUUAGGGGUUUAAUCCUGUGCGCCAUGCCAACACUUUCGGUCCUUUGAUUUUGAUUUUCGUCCCCGCCUUUUUUCUUUUUCUUGGUGAAAUUUCCAUGACCGUACAAUCAAUGGGGUCAUCCUCGGGGUUCUUCGUGAUCUGCCUCCUCCACUCCAUAAUUGCGCUCACCUGUGGAGGCCUAAUGAUGUUCUACAUGAAGGAAAUCUACGAAUUCGGGCACGGACCCGAAACUGCAACCAAGCUGCUCGGAUCCACGCCCCAUGAUCAGCUCUUGAUCCGGACCUCCGAUUCAUUUUCGGGUUUGCUUCUGUUCGCAAUUGGAUUCCUUCUGUUCAUGGUCGCUUUCGUCAGGGACCGGGACUUUCAGUCGUUUUUCGCCAAGGGUUGCAUCGUUCUCCAUGUUUCCAUGGCUCUCUGGAGGUUUUAUUUCGAACGAAGGGUUGAGGAUCUUGCUUUGGAUUGGCUGAGACAGAUUGUUGGAGACAUUCUAUUGGCGCUCUCCUGGGUGUUCUUUCUCGUCUACUCUUGGAGAGAGAAGUAUGAUUAGCCAUGUUUUCACUGGUUAAUCAUGAUUCCGCCCAAGGUAUCGUAUGCAUUUGAGUUUUGUGGGUUUAGAAAAAUCGGACACCUGGGGGUUUUUGUGAAGGGGAUGCUUAUGCAUUAUAAUGUAUGAUUACUCGGUCUGAGUCAAAAUCUAUGAAAAUUGCAAUUCAGGGCGGCUCCAGAUUCGGGUUAGUAUGGUUGUUUGAGUUUCAUUUUAGUGUUGUCUUAAAUGGGUUUUUAUUUUCUUGUUUUUAUUACAUUUGAGUUCCACUUCCCGUUUCUUGAAUAGUCUAGUCUGUAAAUUUUUGUUUGUCAAUUAAUAAUAACACAUUACGUUUUGGUGCUAA